AUCAACCAAUCAGUAAUCACUAGUUUCUGUUUACAAUUUUCUUUCAGCUUUGAAUUUGUUCAGCAAACUUGCCGCGCAGUAACCGCAAAUUACAGUAGGUGCUUAUCUGUUGUGUAGUGAAGUUGUGUUUUGCGAAUAAAAGUGGAUAGUUUAAUCGGCGGAAAAUAUGCUUCGAAAAUUGAGUAAAGUUGUACAGACACAAAAAGCCAAGUUCGCAACAGCGGCUGCUGCCGCUCCGCAUACGAGCCCCGAAAUAUUGUACACUGGGCUAUUCAUCAACAAUGAAUGGGUGAAAUCCACUGAUGGCAGAACAUUCAAAACUGAGAACCCGACCAACGGAAAGGUGAUCGCAGACGUCCAGCAGGCGGGAAAAGCGGACAUAGAUAAAGCGGUUAAAGCUGCAAAAGAUGCGUUCAAGCUGGGGUCAACAUGGCGGCAAAUGGACGCAUCGCAGCGCGGCUACCUUAUCAACAAGCUGGCGGAUCUUAUCGAGAGGGACCGGGCUUACUUAGCUAGUCUAGAAACCCUAGACAACGGCAAACCGUAUCUAGCGUCGUACUACGGCGAUGUCGCAUCGGUUAUCAAGAACCUGCGAUACUACGCCGGCUGGGCAGACAAGAACCACGGCAAAGUGCUGCCCACUGAUGGGAAGUACUUCGCCUACACGAGACACGAACCCGUCGGCGUGUGCGGUCAAAUAAUCCCGUGGAAUUUCCCACUGCUGAUGGCCGCUUGGAAGCUGGGCCCCGCGCUAGCUGCUGGAAAUACACUGGUACUAAAGCCCGCAGAGCAGACUCCGCUCACUGCACUCUACAUUGCACAACUCGUCAAGGAAGCCGGUUUCCCAGCUGGGGUGGUGAACGUGGUCCCAGGCUUCGGAGACGCCGGUGCAGCUAUCGUUGACCAUCCCGAUGUCGACAAGGUCGCCUUCACUGGUUCAACUGACGUUGGCAAAUUGAUCCAACGUAACGCGGCGGGCACUGUGAAACGUAUAACUCUGGAGCUAGGAGGGAAGUCUCCCAACAUCGUGUUUGCGGACUCCGAUCUGCCCUACGCGGUGGAACAGUCACAUAUGGCGUUAUUCUACAACAUGGGACAGUGCUGUUGUGCCGGUUCACGCACUUUCGUAGAGGACAAGAUCUACGACAAGUUCGUGGAGAUGUCGGCUGCGCGCGCAGCCAGGCGCGUGGUGGGGGACCCGUUCCGCCCCGACACGGAGCAGGGACCGCAGAUCGACGGUGAUCAACAUGAGAAGAUUCUGGAUCUCAUCGAAACGGGCAAGAAGCAAGGCGCGAAGUUGAUGACUGGAGGCUUCCGCCACGGCAAGGAGGGCUAUUUCGUGCAGCCAACCGUCUUCGCUGACGUAAAAGACGAUAUGGAAAUCGCAAGAACUGAGAUCUUCGGUCCCGUACAGACGAUCUUAAAGUUCUCCCAGCUGGACGAAUUAUUGGAGCGCGCCAACAGCUCGGAGUACGGGCUCGCUGCAGCUGUGUUCAGCAAGGACAUCGAUAGGGUUAAUUAUCUUGUACAGGGUCUACGUGCGGGCACGAUAUGGGUGAAUGACUACAACGUGUUUGGUAACCAAGUUCCAUUCGGCGGGUACAAACAAUCUGGCAUCGGGCGAGAAAACGGUCCCUACGGCAUCAAGAACUACACAGAAGUUAAAGCUGUUGUUGUUAAGCUCACAGAAAAGAAUUCGUAAAGUUAGUGAUCAUGUCCUAAUAACCUCCUGACACUAAUAUCAACUAAUACUAGUUAUAAAUAUUUUUUUCAUAGCCGAAAAACUUAAUGUAUACCGUCAGAAAUGGGAUACACAAACGUAGUUGUAGAUAUAUCACACUGGCUGGUUAAACCAUUUUACAUAAACAAACCAUAUUGCUUAAGAGUUAAAACUCAAUUCUUUCAAACCAAGUUCGAAACAUACCACGUAUAUUAUCAAAAUUAAGCUUAAUUUGCUUGCUUUUGAGGAGAUGUUGACUUUACAAUGAAUAAUUGUAA